ACACGAAUAAUAAACACCAGUGUUCUUUCUCGUUGCUCUAUAACUCUCUGAUUCGCAUACUUGCCCACAGGAACUCUCUACUCUCUUCUUCUUCCUCUCUCUGUACCAAACUCUCUUUGUUGUUGUGUUUUCUUUUAUAGUUUCGCAGUAGGUAAUUAAUUUUGUUUCAAAUUCUUGGGCUUUGUGUCAUUUCCUUCCCUGCAGCUUCGCUUUCUUUGCAAAACCAGAGAAAGAACAUGGAGGUGGAGAGACUUGAGACCCAAGCUUUAUCUCCUUUCACUUUCUCCCUUGAUAAAAUGGACAUUUCUCGAGUAUCCCGACCUCGUGGCCCGUCGCCGGUGAGUAUUUCGAACUCCGAUGGUCUUUAUUCUGACGAGACCGUUGAUCGGAAAUGUGAGGGAUUUGAAAUGCCGGCGUUGACCGGUCAGGAUUCGCCAGUGGUGAAAGAGCAAGAAGGCGCGAGUUAUGGAAGUGCCGCCGCGUUGAAGCUGCAGAAGGUGUACCGGAGUUAUCGUACUCGGCGUAGGUUAGCUGACUCCGCCGUUGUGGCUGAAGAGCUGUGGUGGCAAUUGAUAGACUUCGCGAGACUGAAUCACAGUACUAUUUCUUUCUUCAAUUUCUUAAAACCAGAAACUGCAGCUUCUAGAUGGAAUCGUAUUAGCUUAAAUGCUUCUAAGGUGGGGAAGGGAUUAUCCAAAGACGCCAAAGCACAAAAAUUGGCUUUUCAACAUUGGAUUGAAGCUAUUGAUCCAAGGCAUCGAUAUGGGCAUAACUUGCAUUUUUAUUAUGAAGAGUGGUGCAAGACAAAUUCUGGUCAACCCUUCUUUUACUGGUUGGACAUAGGAGAUGGUAAAGAGCUUGAUCUCGAGGAAUGUCCAAGAUCAAAGCUUCGAAAGCAAUGCAUUAAGUAUCUAGGGCCUCAAGAGAGAGAACACUAUGAGUAUAUUGUUGUUGAAGGAAAAAUUAUACAUAAACAAACUGGUAAUCUCCUUGAUACAUCUGAAGGAUCAAAAGGAGCCAAGUGGAUAUUUGUUAUGAGCACCUUUAAGAGGCUGUAUGCUGGUGAGAAAAAGAAAGGGAUUUUCCAUCAUUCAAGCUUCUUGGCUGGUGGUGCUACAUUAGCUGCUGGAAGGCUAGUGGCAGAGGAUGGAAUUCUUAAGUCCAUUUCUCCAUAUAGUGGACAUUACCGACCUACAGAAGAUAGCUUCGACAGCUUUUUGUCCUUUCUCCAGGAUGAUGGCGUGAACCUUGAUGAAGUCCAGAUAAACAAGGCCAGUGAAGAUUCUGAUAACUAUGAUGAUGGAAAAUUCAAUGCGAGUGAGAUGAGACUUGAAGUUCCUAGCACAUUAGGACCUACCAAACUUGAAAUGCCUGUCGAAGAAAAGGAUUCAACCUCUCAACCAUCCAAAGUUGCAGAGAGUGAGAGCAGAGGUGAAUACAAAAGGACAUUGUCCGGAGGUCUUCAAAGCCCAAGAGCUGAUGUCCCAAAGAAUGCUAUCUUGCAAAGAAUCAAUUCUAAGAAGGCGGCCAAAUCAUAUCAACUGGGGCAUCAACUCUCACGCAAAUGGUCAACUGGAGCUGGUCCAAGGAUCGGGUGCGUAGCCGACUAUCCGGUUGAACUAAGAGUACAAGCUUUGGAAUUUGUUAACCUAUCUCCAAGAACUCCUCCUACUCCAUCUUACCAUAGGCGGAUGGCCGGUCUCACAUCACCUACAGCCAGUCUCGCAUCACCUACAGCUGAACCCACCACAUCGGACAUCUCUAAUGGCGAUGUGGCUUCUCACAACUAAAUUUCUUUCUAAUGCUUUUUACCUAGUGGAUACUUAAGAGUGAAUGUAAAUAGCUAGUUUGUCAUACAUGUCACGUCAGUCUUUCUUGAAUGCUAAUAUUAUCAUCUUUUUUUUUUUUGUAUCGGAUUGCUUUCCAUAAUGUCUAGUUUGUUUUUCAAUCCACUACCUGGAAAGAAUUGGAGUUAAGUCACAUCUA